AUCGUGGAAAAUGUCCACACUGCAGAUGAGGCUGAACACCAGCGAAGGAGCUGUGGAAGAACUGAAGAAGAAAGGCACAGCACUGGCAGCUGAGCUUCCGUUCCUGCAGACACGAUUAAGAGCCAGUGAACGCACAGUGGAACAGCUGAGGAGGGAGAACACAGUUCUCUCUGUGAGGCUCUGCAGGGCUGAGACAUUUAUGGACCAACUGAGAAGACAUGUGUCAGUGUGUAACAGUUCAAGUGAUGACUCUGAAAACCAAGUGGAGCAACUGACAACAGAGCCUGAAGACAGUGUUUCAGCGCUGACGGAAAGACUGAACAACAGUGAGCGACAACUGGGCGAGCUACAGAGGUCAAGCUCAGAUAUGAUGAGUCGCCUGAACAUCUGUGAAAAAAGUCUGGAAAAACUUGAGUCCAACCACACAGAGUUGCAGGUCAGAGUGAAUGUUGGUGAGGAGCAUCUGAAAGAUCUGGCAACCAAACAAACAGGUGGUUAUGUUGAGCUGUUGGCUGUAGUCCUCAGACUAAACAGCAGCGUGGAGCAGCUCGAUCAGCGAAGUAUGCAGAACAAAGGUGAAGCCUUCAAAGAUGUCCACUCAUCUGUGGCCUCAGAGUCGUGUCUAGUUUGUCAAAUAAUGUCAAUGUUUUCAGAUGCUGUAGUGAAACUAGAAUUUGUGACAAAAGACGCGGCCUCUGAUGAUACAAUGAUGACUGAGCGACGCUCUGAAGAGCUGGAGGUCAACCUGUCGGCUGUUCAGUCUGCAGUGAGAGAAUUAAAGGGAAAUUAUCUGGAAGAUAUGAUGAAAAAACAAGAAGAGUUGGAGGUCAGAGUCAGUGUCGGUGAAGAACAGCUGGAACGUUUAACAAUAAAACAAACAGGUACAAAACUCUGGAAGAUCCAUAAUGGUUCUGUGAGGAACAAGUUCAAAACCAAAAAACAAACAAACAAAAUAGCAUUUAUGUUUUAACUGCAGGAGGUCAAGCCGAGCUUUCAACUGUGAU